AUUUAGGGUUUCCCACUCACUCCGUCAGAGCUUCAUUCUCUCUCUCUCGCACAAACCACUAGGGUUUCUACCCCUACCCCUAAUCUCUAACAUUCCACACACCAUUUCCAACAAUGGCUGAAAGAGGCGGAGAGCGAGGUGGAUUCGGACGCGGUUUCGGUGGUCGUGGACGCGGUGGAGACCGCGGCCGUGGUGGUCGCCGCCGCGGUGCUGGCCGACGUGAGGAAGAGGAGAAGUGGGUGCCUGUCACCAAGCUCGGACGUCUCGUCAAGGAAGGUAAAAUCGCAUCCCUCGAGCAGAUCUACCUCCACUCUCUCCCAAUCAAGGAGCAUCAAAUCAUCGAUACCCUCGUCGGACCCAGCCUCAAGGAUGAGGUCAUGAAAAUCAUGCCCGUUCAGAAGCAGACCCGUGCUGGUCAGCGAACCAGGUUCAAGGCCUUCGUUGUCGUCGGCGACAGCAACGGUCACGUCGGUCUUGGUGUCAAGUGCAGCAAGGAAGUCGCCACUGCCAUUCGUGGUGCUAUUAUUCUGGCUAAGCUCUCUGUGAUCCCUGUUAGAAGGGGUUACUGGGGUAACAAGAUCGGAAAGCCUCACACCGUGCCUUGCAAGGUUACUGGUAAGUGUGGUUCCGUCACCGUCCGUAUGGUUCCAGCUCCUCGAGGUGCUGGUAUUGUGGCUGCUAGGGUUCCAAAAAAGGUGCUUCAGUUCGCCGGUAUUGAUGAUGUUUUCACCUCAUCCAGGGGUUCCACCAAGACUCUUGGAAACUUCGUCAAGGCAACAUUCGAAUGUCUCUUGAAGACUUAUGGUUUCCUUACACCAGAGUUCUGGAGAGAAACUCGCUUCACCAAGUCUCCAUUCCAAGAGCACACAGACCUUUUGGCCAAGCCAACCGGUAAAAUUCUCCACCUGGAGGCACCUGAGAGAGUUGAGGCUUAAUCAACUCCUUCAUAUUCAUGAGAGAGUUUUAAAGAAUGUUUUGUUAGGAACUUCUUUCUGGUUUAAAGAUGUUUUAUUUCUCGUUAUGAAAGAUAGUUGUUUCUCUUAAAUUUAUUUUUGGGGUCUCUUUUACUCUUUGGUACUACUGUUAUUAAGAUUUUGAAGGAAUUUUCUUAAGUUUUGAUUAUGGAUUAUAUUGCAAAUGUUAUGCCAUAAGAUUCGUUUUGAUCA